CAUCUUUCCCGUGGUGCUUUGCGAACCCAAAUUGAACGCUUGGUAAAAAUAAAACAUUUGUAUUUUGAAUGCUCUGUUUUUAAGAGCAAAACGCAUAAAAGAAAAUAUUUCAACUGAAAUUGACUCUGUUAAGAAAAGCAGUUUAACGGUGCGUAGCUGGAUACGCUUAUCGCGACACGGUGUCAUGGAUCAGGACUAUGAGUGCAGGCUGCUCAGGCAGAUCAAUAUCCAAAAUGAGAACGCAAGCCCCAUAAAAGCUGUAGGAGUGGUGCAAGCUCUGACACCCACCAGUUCCCCACUGUCCUCCCCUAGCAAGCAUGGCGAUCGCUUCAUUCCCUCCCGUGCCGGAGCCAAUUGGAGUGUCAACUUCCACCGCAUCAAUGAAACUGAAAAGUCACACAAUCAAAAUAGGAAAACCAAAGAUGGCACAACAGACAGCAACAAAGCGGAUGGUCUGGCCUACUCUGCUCUCCUGAAGAAUGAGCUGUUAGGAGCAGGCAUCGAGAAAGUCCAGGACCCUCAGUCAGAAGAUCGCCGUCUGCAGCCCUCUACUCCUGCCAAGAGGAGCCUUUUUAGUUACUCAGUGAGUACUAAGAGAGCUCUGCCAGAAGAGGAUGGCAACACAGUCUCUCCAUAUUCUCUAUCACCCGUCAGUAGCAACAGCCAGAAACUGCUGCGAUCGCCAAGAAAACCCACACGCAAAAUAUCCAAAAUUCCAUUCAAAGUUUUGGAUGCUCCAGAGCUUCAGGAUGACUUCUACCUCAACCUAGUGGACUGGUCCUCUCUGAACGUGCUUAGUGUUGGACUGGGAACCUGUGUCUACCUGUGGAGUGCCUGCACCAGCCAGGUGACACGUCUGUGUGACCUUUCUGUAGAAGGAGAUUCAGUAACAUCAGUGGGCUGGUCAGAGAGGGGCAACCUGGUGGCAGUGGGGACUCAUAAAGCCUAUGUACAGAUCUGGGAUGCAGCAGCAGGGAAGAAGCUAUCUGUAUUAGAAGGGCACACAGCCAGAGUGGGUGCGUUGGCAUGGAAUGCAGACCAGCUGUCAUCUGGGAGCCGUGAUCGGGUGAUCCUGCAGCGGGAUAUCAGAGCCCCACCUCUCCAGUCUGAACGCCGUCUCCAAGGACACAGACAGGAAGUCUGCGGCCUCAAGUGGAGCACAGACCACCAGCUGCUAGCUUCAGGUGGAAAUGAUAACAAGCUGCUUGUAUGGAACCAUUCGAGCGUCCUCCCAGUGCAGCAGUACACAGAGCACUUGGCUGCAGUGAAGGCCAUCGCUUGGUCUCCCCACCAGCACGGCCUACUGGCCUCCGGAGGCGGCACCGCCGAUCGCUGCAUCCGCUUCUGGAACACUCUGACUGGCCAGCCUCUGCAGUGCACUGACACUGGCUCUCAAGUCUGCAACCUGGCCUGGUCUAAGCACACUAACGAACUGGUCAGCACACACGGUUAUUCCCAGAACCAGAUCCUGGUGUGGAAGUAUCCCUCUCUAACUCAAGUGGCCAAACUUACAGGACAUUCCUACAGAGUACUCUACCUGGCCAUGUCCCCUGAUGGUGAGGCAAUUGUGACCGGUGCUGGAGAUGAAACGCUUCGGUUUUGGAAUGUCUUUAGCAAGAUGAGAUCCACUAAGGAAUCAGUGUCUGUACUGAACCUCUUCACCAGGAUCCGGUAGUAAGCACACCUCUGUACUACAAAGGAAUAAAGACAGAAAGGGAAUUCAUCUUUGCAUAUAUCAAGCUAUAAAUGGGCCCUUUCUUUGAAUAUUCACCUCAGUAGGCUACAGAGGGCCCCCUCAAUGGCCUUCUGUUUUGUUUUGUUUUGUAUUUUUUGCCAAGUUGUAGCUGGAGGUGGGAGGAGCAAGAGAGGUGCACAGUGAGUUACAAGAGCAGAGGACAUGUGUACAGUGUGCAGUAUUCCACUUCCUCAGUCAUAAAGCCACUGCUGCCUCCAACAGAACAGUGAUCUCUGUGGAACUUUUUAGGGCACUAUUUCUCCAUGUGAUGAUGUUCUGUUUACAGACUGACUUUGUGCAUACCUGCCAAAUAUUGAGUUUGUCUUCUUGAUUGUCUAUUUAUUUUACCCCUCCACAUUUUUAACAUCUCCCUAGUAGUGUGUUUGUUUCAAAUGCGGGUAGGUUUCUUUUUUAUAUAUGUGCAGCUGUUGGUCUGAUUUGUGGGGUAUGUUUGGCUUUAUUCAGGUUUGCAGAAAAGUCUGAGCUUGUCUUUUUGCAUUAAACUGAGAAGCAAUAA